CCAGGAGUCCUGGCUUCCAGUCCCCCCCAUCCCCACCCAGAGGUGGGGCUUGGCUCAGAGAUCCAGUGUGGAUUGUGUGUCUGGGCCAUUCCUGCUCCUUAGCAUAGCAUGGAUCCCGUCCACACAACAGAACCCAUGGGAGAGACCUGGCUGCCACACAGCUGCCUUGGUGUGAUUAAACCACUGUCCUGCCUUGUCGUGUAGACAGCACCACAUUACGACCUUCAGAAGCAAACCCAGAUGGCUCUGAGACUCGCCGUGACCAGGCUGCUGAGAUGCAGCAGCUGCCGCAUGGCGGGGGUAGGCGCCCUCCAGCCCCAGGGCACCAUAGCGGCACAGAAAGAAAAAGAAACGAAGGCCCGAGAGAAGCCCCUGAAAGCCCCGGGAGCCCAGUUCGACUGGCGAGAUCCCCUGCAGCUGGAGAGGCAGCUAACCCAGGAGGAGCUCAUGAUCCGGGAUUCCUUCCGCACCUAUUGCCAGGAGAAGCUGAUGCCACGAAUUGUCAUGGCCAACCGGAAUGAAGUCUUCCACCGGGACAUCGUGUCGGAGCUGGGGGAGCUGGGAGUCCUGGGCUCCACCAUCAAAGGUUAUGGCUGUGCCGGAACUACCUACGUGGCCUAUGGGCUGCUGGCUCGGGAGAUCGAGCGAGUGGACAGCAGCUACCGUUCGGUCCUGAGCGUCCAGUCGUCCCUGGUGAUGCACCCCAUCAACGCCUACGGCACGGAGCAGCAGAAGCAGAAAUACCUGCCCCGUCUGGCCACAGGGGAGCUGCUGGGCUGCUUCGGGCUGACUGAGCCCAACCACGGCAGUGACCCCGGAGGCAUGGAGACCAGGGCUCGCUACCACCCGGCCAGCAAGACCUACACGCUCAACGGCUCCAAGACCUGGAUCACCAACUCCCCCCUGGCAGAUCUCUGUGUGGUGUGGGCCGUGUGUGAGGACGGGAGGAUCCGGGGCUUCCUCCUGGAGAGGGGGAUGAAGGGCCUGUCGACCCCCAAGAUCGAGGGCAAGUUCUCCCUGCGGGCCUCCACCACCGGCAUGAUCCUGAUGGAAGACGUGGAGGUGCCGGAGGAGAACCUGCUGCCGCAUGUCUCCGGGCUCGCGGGUCCAUUUGGCUGUCUGAACAACGCCAGGUACGGCAUUGCCUGGGGAGCGCUCGGAGCUGCUGAAUUCUGCUUGGAGACAGCCAGGCAGUAUGCCUUGGACAGGAUACAGUUUGGGGUGCCGCUGGCUAGGAACCAGCUGGUCCAGAAGAAGCUGGCUGAUAUGCUCACCGAAAUCGCCAUUGGCUUACAAGCUUGCCUGCAGCUGGGGAGGCUAAAGGAUGAAGACAAGGCUGCCCCCGAGAUGAUCUCCAUGCUGAAGCGGAACUCCUGCGGCAAAGCACUGGAUAUUGCCCGCCAGGCCCGGGACAUGCUGGGGGGCAACGGCAUUGCUGACGAAUACCACGUCAUCCGGCAUGUCAUGAACCUGGAGGCCGUGAACACUUAUGAAGGCACGCAUGAUAUCCACGCUCUCAUCCUUGGCAGAGCAAUCACCGGACUUCAGUCUUUCACCGUUGGCAAAUAAAUCCAGUAUGGAGGAGGCCUAAAUCACCUUCACAACAGCCUUAAAUUCACUACGUCAGAAGAAUGAUUGUUUUGUAUAAAAAGAUUUUUGAUUUUUCUUUCUCAAGAUAAAAAAGUCAGAAGUCAGAGGCUGCUGCUGUGAUACAGAAUCUGAAUGUAGUUCUUCAGGCUGACUCCUUGAUUCUUUCUUACUUUGCAAUAUGAUUCACUCCCAGAUCAGCUAGUUGCUUUUCAAACUCAAGAAUCUGGGAGGUCUUCCGCUCUGUUUGCAGUGAAGGAUCAAGGAGACAGGCCCAGUAACAGGCCGUCUUUGCCAGCAUUGCAUUUGUAUUUUGGGGAUAUGGGAGAGGGUGAAAUUAGCGAAACUUCUGUGAAGUGGAUUGUCAUGUAACAAAAGUCAGUGGGUUUGUGAUGUUGGAUUGGCUGCUUGAUGCAUGAAGCUGGCUUGCUUGCUUUCUCCUUGAGUGCAAAUUCAGGACCUGUGUGGGAAAGGCUGCCUGUAUCAACAGGGUGGGAAUGCAGUCUCACUCAUCAGUGGUUCAUCUCUCUUUCCACUGGAUGUCCAAGUUCAGCUAACUUGCUUCUCAGAAUUAUCUGAAUGGAUGCACUGUUGCAUGCUGGGAGAACUCUCUUCUCUUUACAAAGCUGUGUUGAAGCCAUAAAACCUGAAUCUUCACACCCAGCCAGGUCAUGGGACAUGUCCAAAGGGGCAUCUGCACAAUGUAGUUACUGAGCUAAACAUUCUUACCAAGGUGAAGCAGUGCUGUCCACUGCACAGGGCUGAGGCUCAGAAUGCGGUUAAAUUCCUGGCUCUGCCAUGGACCUACUGCAGGCAACUCUCCGUGCCUCAGUUUCCCCAGCUGUAAGACUCACAGAAGACACACUUAGCAUUCCUGUUACCAAAUUUAUCUUUCACAGUAGCCCACAGUUGAACCCAGCUGAUCUUGUAUCCCUUCUGUUACUUACAUGAAUAAAUUUUAAAAUAUACGG